AUGGUUCGCAUUUUUUUACCCGCUUGUGUCGUCUUACUUCUAACAAUUGUUGUGGCAGCAGCUUAUGCAAAUUCCCUGGUGAGAAAAAGACGAGAGUGGAUCCUGCCCGCGAAACCGCUGCAGGAAAACAAGGACUACACCAGACUCGAGUACAUCGCAAAGAUCCGCUCAGAUUAUGAGGAACACAUCAACAUCAACUAUGCUCUCGAAGGAAUUGGAGCAAGUGAGGCGCCGUUUAACGUUUUCAUUGUGGACCCAAGAACUGGCUUCAUCAGAGUGACCAGAAUCUUGGACAGAGAGAAGAUCGACACCUACAACCUCUCUGGGAUUGCUACUUAUAUGGAUGGGAGUCACGCAGAGACCAAGAUCGACAUUAGGAUUAAAGUUAUAGAUGAGAACGACAAUGCCCCCAUUUUUCCAAAAGUCAUUCCACCUGGGGAGGUGUUUGAGCGCAGUCCGGCUGGCACAGCGGUAAUGAAUGUGACGGCCAUUGAUCUUGAUGAACCAGGAAACCCAAAUUCUCAGAUUGCCUACACCCUAGAGAGGCAGGAGCCACCGGGCGAUUUAUUCUACAUAAAACCAAAUGGGACGGUCUACGUGAAGAGGGACAGCCUUGACAGAGAGACGGUGGAUCGUUACGUCUUGAGAGUAAGAGCUGCAGAUCUGAAUGGUGAUCCAAAGGGCAACAGCGCAAUAACCACAGUUGUUAUUAACAUCCUAGACGUAAACGAUAAUGCUCCCACCCUGGAGAAAACUAAGCUUGAGGCCAAUAUUAAGGAAAACACUUUUGGAGAGGAGGUGAUGAGAUUUAAAGCACAGGACCGUGACUUGGAGAAUAGUGAUAACUGGGAGCCGGUGUACGUGAUCGCGAGAGGGAAUGAGGCAGGAUACUUCAGCAUCAAAACAGACCCCGUGACCAAGGAGGGAAUUCUAAUGCUGGACAAGGCUGUUGACUAUGAAGAUGUUAAGAAACUGAACCUUGGUCUGAUUAUAAAAAACAAAGUUCCCUUGGUUGAUGGCGUCGACGGAUUCACUAACAUUGGAGUCAGUGGAGGAAGCAGUUCUUCAGGAACAGUUGAAACAGAUGGGGCUGCCAGUGCAACUGGAGCCUCUGGUGCUACAGGAGCUAGUGCGGUCAGUGGUUAUUCAGGAUAUGACAUGUAUUCAGUGAAAAUAAAUGUGGAAAAUGAGCCUGAGGGGCCACAGUUUGAUCCCAAAGUCAAAGCUAUCCCCAUCUCAGAGGAAGGCGGCACCAUCAAAGUCAAUGACAUCAUUGGCCGAUACCCGGCUAUUGACCAGGACACCAAAGAACUAGCGAAGAAUGUCAAAUACAUGAAAAGCAAAGACCCUGGGAACUGGCUGAUUAUUGAUCCGAACACAUCUGAGAUUAAACUGAACAAACUUCCUGACAGAGAGUCCCCCCUACUGGUCAACGGCACGUACUACGCUGAAGUCCUCUGCAUCUCUGAAGACAUUCCAUCUAAAACGGCCACAGGGACAAUAGCAAUCCAGGUGAAGGACUUCAACGACCACUGCCCGACUCUGACCCUCCAAGAACAGACACUAUGCUUGACAAAAAACGGGGCCCUGGUCAACGCGGUGCUGGUCAACGCUGAGGAUAAGGACGCUUUCCCGAACGGACCGCCUUUCACCUUCACCAUCGUCCCAGAGAACACGCAGGGCAAGUGGCAGGUGCAGCAUCUGAACGACACAGGCCGGAUUCUUAGGACAGAAGAAGAGUCCCUCUGGCCUGGUGUGUAUGAGGUGGAGCUUAUCAUCACUGACCAGCAGGGGGAGUCAUGUCCCGAGCCACAGAGAGUCCAGGUGACCGUUUGUACCUGUGAGAAUGGAGUGCAGUGUGGCAGACUAGGAGGGAACGGGAAACCAGAGAAAAAAAUGGAAUUCGGGCCUGCGGGCAUUGGCCUGCUGUUCCUGGGACUGCUGUUACUUCUACUGCUGCUUCUUGUGGCCCUUUUGUGCUACUGUGGAGGAGCCUGGGGAAUGCCGUUAGAGUUUGCAAAUAUGCCAUAUGAUACCAAAUCUCGUCUUAUGAGCUACCACACUGAAGGCCAAGGAGAGGACAAGGAUGUUCCAGAGCUGAUCAUGCCAACAACUCAAAUGGAUGGAAAUAUGCACGACAUGUCUCACAUAUCCUCUAUGGAGUUCCAGCAAAACCAAAUGGGGUUCCAGCAAAACCAAAUGUCCAAUAUGGGGUUCCAGCAGAUCUCAGGAAUGUUGGAAGAGGGUGUCAAUGGAUAUUAUCAGGGUCAGAUGGAUGGGGGGAUGGGCUACGGAGCGGGUCAGAUGGAUGGUACCUGGAGGGGCAUGAGUCAGAUGGGAGGCAGUGGUUUUCAGUCGGAGUACAUGAGCAGAGAGAGGGACACAGGGAUAUAUGACGGCAUGGCUCUGCCUCACCACUUCCUGGGACAGUACUACAACCAGAAGGUGCAGAGCUCCGAGGCCCAGACUGGGAAGGACCAACUCCUGGAGUACAAAUACGAGGGCCAGGGCUCCAUUGCGGGCUCUGUGGGCUGCUGCAGCUCUCUGGCUCUGGACAACGACCUAGGAUUCCUUGAGGACCUGGACCCCAAGUUUAAGACUCUGGCUGAGAUCUGUGGGGGCCGGACCAAGGUCGAAGUGAGGGGACCCCCUCCUCCCAGCACCUCCAUCAGCUCUCACACAACAGUAUCCAAGGUGAUGGCCCCGGGACCCUUACCAGAGCUCAUCCCCACACCACUGCCCCCUCCUAAAGCAGACGUCAUCAGCAGCAGUGAUGUGCGACAGAGCUCUGAACGCACUCAGACCCUGUCAGUCACAGAGAUGAAUAGGGAGGCCCCCAGGGGCCUGGCCCCUCAGGGCCAAGUGCUGUUUCUCCAGCAACAGCCGCAGCUCUACUACACCACAGCUCCGGUUGUACAGCCCAUGCACUACAUGGUCCAGCCUCCGGUGCAGAACACAGUAAUGCUCAGAGAGGCCCCGGGGCCCAACAUGCAGAAUGUGAUGCUAGUGAAUGCCCAACAGAGUGGCUCCACACAAGGCCUGGUGAUGCAGGGACAGGUUGUGGGGCAGCCUCAGGGAAUGGUGCUAGUGGAGAAAUCACAUGGAGGGCCCACUAUGUCGGGCUCCCAGACCAUGGUGCUGGUGGAGGGGAAGGGCCCCUCUGGCUCCAAACAGGUGCUGAACAGCGGCCAGGGUCUGGCGCAUCCUGGAGUCUCCGGCUCUCAGACAGUGCUGCUGGCUCAGGGGCCGCAACCUGGGUCCCUUAGUGGGGCUCUGUCGGGCUCUCAGAGGGUGCUGGUGAUGGGGUCUAACACUACACUGGACCAAAAUAGCGGGGUCAAGACAAGAGGACAGACUGAAUCUCCAAGAGCCCACAACAAGAGCAGCUCCAGCAGCACACAGAACUUGACAGGAAAUUCCAGUACGCCCUCUAGUUCCAGGAGGGUGCUGGUGCAGGAGAGCAGAGAGGUCGUACUCACAAAUCUGUGA